AUGGCGCCGAAGUUUGACCCCAACGAAGUGAAGGCACCACUGGUGUGCCAGUAUGGCGGUGAGCAGGCUCCAAGCUCUGUGCUGGCUCCAAAGGUCGGCCCGCUCGGAAUGUCGCCCAAGAAGGUUGGCGACGACAUCGUGAAGGGCACCAGCCAGUGGAAGGGCAUCCGAGUGACCGUCAAGCUGACGAUCCAAAACAGAGCGGCCAAGGUGGAUGUGGAGCCGAACGCCACAAGUCUGAUCAUCAAGGCGCUGAAGGAGCCUCUCCGUGACCGAAAGAAGACCAAGAACAUCAAGCACAGCGGCAACCUUACGAAGAAUGUCUUCCUGGACAUUUGCCGCCAGAUGCGAAAGAAGAGCUUGGCAAAGGAGUUCAAGGGCACUGCCAAGGAGAUCUUGGGAACUUGCUUCGCCGUUGGCUGCACUGUGGACGGCCAGAAGCCCAUUGCCCUGCAAGAGGCCAUUGACAACGAGGAGUGGGAGCUGCCCACUGAGUAA